AUCCUCUCUCUACGUUGGCAUGAACUUUGUUACCGCUUUCAUGGAAGUCUCUCCGUGGGGAACAACCCAGUUUGAGCUCAUCCUGAACGGGAUGGACUGCUGUGCCACGGUCAAUGUGACAAUACAAGGUUGUAGCUUCUCCCAGAUCGUUACCCUACAACAGGGAGAAAUGGUCGCCCUCGCUAUUCCAACCAGCGUGAUGCUCAAUGGGAGUUCCAUCUCCUCCGCAGGAGUCAUUGUCAUUUCAUCCAAUAGCAGUAUAUCGGUCAUCUCCAAGGUCCGGAGGACUGGCGGCUACGACUGGUCAUACGUCUACCCGGUGGAUCUUCUAGACAAACAAUACUACGCCCUCACGCCCAUCUCAGCCUUUCCAAGCAACGCCCAAUUUGCCAUAUUAAACCUGGACCAGGCGAAUUCUAUCACCGUGACGUUAUAUGGCGGCACCGUCAAAUUCCAGGGCCAGUCCUAUACAUCUGGAAGCUCAACAAGUUUCCAGCUCUCCCCCUACCAAGGCGCCCAGUUCCAGCUGCUCGGCGGCGACCUCUCGGGAUCCUUCAUACAAGCCAACAAACCCGUCGCCGUUCUGAGCGGCCAUGAAGAAUACCUAAAAUAUCCCAUGUAUUCCUACGGCUACAUCUUUGAGCAGCUGCUCCCGGAAAUUAGCUGGGGAAAAUCGUUUGUUUUGCCGCCGCUGUCUUUCCAGCCACGGAACGAUGAUGUCAUUCUGGUGAUGGCGUCUCAAAGCACCAAUCUGAACGUGUAUAACGGGUCUGCGUUGGUGGCCUCUAAGAGUCUUUCAAAGGGAAACGUUUUCCUGCAGAAAAUGAAUACGGACGCUCUCUGGAUAAUUGCCGAUCACGAUGUGAUGGUCGUGUUUGUCUGCACCGGGAGUCCCAUGAAGGCCAACACAACCCUACCUACCUUCAUGACCAAUGUGGUGGCCACCACCGACCUAGGGACUUCCCAGGUAGUUCAUGCUUCCACCGGCUUUACCACCAAUCUGCUUGUAGUUACCGCUAGUGGCAAAAUGUCAGGUAUGGCGGUGGAUGGAAUCCCACCGAACACCACCUGGAAUGACGAUGACUUCAAGACUCUGAAAUACUCCUGGGUGGAGCUGACCGUCUCCCCGGGAUCUCACUAUCUUCAGCAACUUCUGAAUGAAGGUGUCUGGGUCAUGUCCUACAGCACUGCUGGUAAUGUCAUCUCGCUUCCCUGUGCUGGGAACACCUCGGCCUCCUUCAACUUUUAUGGCAGUGGCUCGGACUGUAGCUGCCAGAGGCCGCAACUCGUAAACACCAGUCUACUUGGGAUGACCACUCCCAACACCAGUCUACAAGGGAUGACCACUCCCAACACCAGUCUACAAGGGAUGACCACUCCCAACACCAGUCUACAAGGGAUGACCACUCCCAACACCAGUCUACAAGGGAUGACCAGUCCCAACACCAGUCUGCAAGGGAUGACCACUCCCAACACCACUGUCUUCAAAAGCCUGACCACCAAGACCUGCAAAGAUGGAUUGGCCGACCUCUACAUGAUGAGCAUGCCACUUAGUUGGUGGGACGCCCUACGCUACUGCCGCCAAUACUACACCGACCUGUUCAGUGUGCCUGACCGCGGCACCCAGAACCUUGUGGCCACCACAAUGAAGAUGGCUAGUAUGCCAAAGAAUGGACUAUGGAUCGGCCUCCGCAGGCACAAAGUGUGGGGGUACCUGUACUGGACAGAUGGGCAACCCACCGACUACAUGAACUGGGGGGAUGGUAUGCCUAGCGACCCCGUCACCAACAUGUGUACCCUCAUCUCACCAGACAAGAACUUCACCUGGAAGGACCAGUGCUGUUCCAUGAAGCUUAGCUUUAUCUGGUCUUCUCUCUUCAGUGGCUUAACGUUUGUUACCUCUUUCAUGGAACCUUCUUCAUCGUCCGACAGCCAGUUUGGGCUCAUCCUGAACGGGAUGGACUGCUGUGCUACGGCCAAUGUGACAAUACGAGGUUCUAACUUCUUCCAGAGCGUUACCCUCCAGCCGGGAGAAACAGUCGCCCUCGCUAUUCCAGACAGUGUCACGCUCAAUGGCAAUUCUAUCUCCUCUACCGGAGUCAUUGUGAUUUCCUCCAAUAGCAUUAUAUCUGUCAUCUCCAAGGUCUGGGGGAAUGGUGGCUACGACUGGUCAUACGUCUACCCAGUGGAUCUUCUAGACAAAGAAUAUUAUAUCAUCACGCCCUUCUCCUUCUUGCAGAACAACGCCCAAUUUUCCAUACUAAGCCUGGACCAGAAAACUUCUGUGACAGUUACAUUAUCUGUUGGCUCCAUCACAUUGCAGGACCAGUCCUUUACAUCUGGAAAUCCAGCAAGCUUCCAACUCCCGCCCUACCAAGGCGCCCAGUUUCAGCUGCCUGGCGGUGACCUCUCCGGAACAUUCAUACAAGCGGAUAAACCUAUCGCCGUUCUGAGUGGCAAUCAAGGGUUCAUUUAUACAUUUUUCAGAAUGGAUAGCUACAACUUUGGCUACACCUUUGAGCAGCUGCUCCCCAUAAGUAGGUGGGGGAGAUUGUUUUUAGUGCCCCCGAUGUCUAUCCAGUUGGGGAGCGAAAAAAUCCUGGUGAUGGCUUCUCAAACCACAAAUCUGGAUAUAUAUAACGGGUCCGUAGUCAUGGCCUCCACACAAAUGUCGCAAGGAGACACUUUUGAGCAAGCGAUCAAAACAAAUGCCCUCUGGAUCAAGGCCGAUCAGGAUGUGAUGGUCGUGUUUGUCUGUUCUGGAGGUCUUGGUGGUCUAGUAAACAGACCCCUGAAUCCCUUCAUGUCCAAUGUGAUGCCCACCGCCAUGCUUGAGACUUCCCAGGUGGUCCAUGCUCCCACCCGCUUCACAACCCACCUGCUUGUAGUUCCCAUUGGUAGCCAAAAGUCAAGCAUAGCGGUGGAUGGAAUCUCACUCCCACCGAUCACCGACUGGAAUGACGAUGAUUUCAAGACACUGAAUUACUCCUGGGUGGAGGUGACCGUCUCCCCGGGAUCUCACUAUGUUCAGCAACUUUCGAAUGAAGAUGUCUGGGUCAUGUCCUACAGCACUGCCGGCAACGCACAAUCAGAUUUCAACGCUGGGAACACCUCCGACUCCUUCAACUUCUAUGGCAGUGGUUUGAGCUGUACCUGCCAGGGCCCGCUAAAUGAGAUGACCACUCCACCCACCACUCUACAUACGUUAACCAUUCCCACCACCAGUCAUCAUACGACGACCAUCUCCACCACCAGUCUACAUACGACAAACACCCCUACCACCAGUCUACAUACGACAAACACCUCUACCACCAGUCUACAUACGACAAACACCUCCACCACCAGUCUACAUACGACAAACACCCCCACCACCAGUCUACAUACGACAAACACCACCACCACCAGUCUACAUACGACAAACACCACCACCACCAGUCUACAUACGACAAACACCACCACCACCAGUCUACAUACAACAAACACCCCCACCACCAGUCUACAUACGACAAACACCCCCACCACCAGUCUACAUACGACAAACACCCCCACCACCAGUCUACAUACGACAAACACCACCACCACCAGUCCACACACGACCACUUCCACCACUCUUCAUCAGACGACCACUCCCACGACCAGUUUUCAUCAGACGACCACUCCCACCACAAAUCUUCAUGAGAUGACUACUCCCACUACCACCACUGUGGUCACCAGCCUGAGCAACAAGUCCUGUGAAGAUGGGUUGGCUGAAAUCUACUUGGUGGACACUCCCCUUAGUUGGUGGGACGCCCUACGCUACUGCCGCCAACACUACACCGACCUGUUAAGUGUGCCCGGUGACCUCACCCAGGACCUUGUGGCCUCCAUGAUUAAGCAGGCCGGAGCGUUGGGGACCGGACUAUGGAUCGGCCUCCGCAGGCACAAAGUGUGGGGGUACCUGUACUGGACGGAUGGGCGACCCACCGACUACAUGAACUGGGGGGAUGGUAUGCCGAGCGACCCCGUCACCAACCUGUGUACCCUCAUCUCACCAGACAAGAACUUCACCUGGUGUGACCAGUGCUGUGCCACCCAGCUUGGUUUUAUCUGCUACUGACCCCCCCCCCCCCCCAGAUAUAUAACACCUGCUGAUCACUAUUAACCCCCUCCCCCGGGAUAUAUAACACCCACCCAUCACUACUGACC